UUUUUCAUUCCCCUUUGCCGCAUUUUCUUUUCCGCGCGCGCACAAACAAAAAAAAGCGCAGCCGCAAAAUGUGUGACGCAGCGAAUCCAGCGAAGCCGUGGCAACUUUCGGGGAUGUCCUAUGGCAACGGGAUCCCGGCGCUGUGCCUGCUGCACCAGGAGAUCGAGCAGUUUUACAGUUACAUCCAAUCCACGCCCACCGAGUUCUACCUGCGGGCGGAGGCAGUGCGUCGCAUCGAGGACGUGGUGCUCUCCAUUUGGCCAGGCGCAUGCGUGGAGGUUUUCGGCUCCUUUCGCACGGGACUGAAUCUCCCGGACUCGGAUAUCGACUUGGUGGUGCAUCAUACGUACUGCUACUGGAAUCCCCGGUGGCUGCAUGAGCUUCAGUUCGAGUUAAUUAGCCACGGAGUCACGGAUCCCGACAGCGUGAGUGUUUUGGACAAGGCCAGCGUGCCGGUGGUCAAGUUCACGGAGCGCGUGUCCCGCAUCAAGUUCGAUGUCACCUUCAAUGUGGCCGCCUCGGGCGUCCAGGCGGCGGAGCUGAUAAAGGACUUUAUACGCCAGUUUCCCGAGCUGCCCAAGCUGGUGAUGGUUCUCAAGCAGUUCCUCAGCCUCCAGGGACUCAAUGAGGUGUACAGCUGCGGUGGUGUGUCCUCCUACGCCCUCACCCUCAUGGUCAUCAGCUUCCUGCAGCAGCAAAAGCGCAGCGGCAGGCGGUAUAGUGCGCACAACAAACUGGGACUGCUGCUCCUCCAGUUUCUGGAAUACUACGGCCGCAAAUUCGACUUCUUCAAGUAUGGGAUUUCGGUGCUCGGUGAAGGCGGCUGCGUGGAGAAGGAGCGACUGCGUUCGGCGCAGGGACAGAAUAAUUGCUCCGUGCUCAGCAUCGAGGAUCCGGUGACGCCGACGAACGACAUUGGAAGGAGCUCCUUUGCGGCCUUGCAUGUAAUGCAGGGAUUCGAGGCCGCCUUCCUGAAGCUCUCCAAGCUGGUGGACUCCGAUUCGGCCAAGAUUGUGGGUCCCAUUCUGGCCAACAUGGUGGAGGUGCCGCAAUCCAUGAUCAAUUACCGCGCUUGGGUGCACUACAACUUUGCGCAUCUUUUGGGAAACGGACUGGAGAGUCCUGAUGCCAUUGGACAACCAGCGCUCAUGGGCUCAUCCACCACCUCCUCGGCCUCCGAGGAUGAGCACUCGGACUCCAACCAAAAUCAGACUGUGAGGAACGGAUUCCGCCGCUGCGGCGAUGGUCCGCCCCAGAAUUUAGACUUAGACGCCACCCUGGCCAACCUCAAGUUGAAUUAAGUAUGUUUGCGAUGAUUAAUGCUACUGGUGAUUUUACUUUUAUAAACUAUCAUAUUUUAUUUGCAUACUAGUAUGCUCGGCAUAUAAAAACUAAAAAAAAAAACAAUUAUAGGCUAUAUAUCGCAUUUUUUAUUUAUUAAUUACCAAUUAACGUUUAAAUUUAAAAAGAAUGACACCGCCAAUGUAGUUGAGUAACUAAACAAAUCAUCAAUACAAAAAUGUAAUGCCUUAUUGUACUUGUGACUUAUUAUAAAUAAAAUAAAGCUUAAGCCGCAAUGAGAACUUAA